ACAGAGAACAACAUGCUGAGUUCAGCACCUCUCCCGCUGUACGAGGAUCGCGUGAACGCACCAUGCCACUGGCAGCUAGCCUAGCCUGCUAACUUGGCUAAUCUCAUUUACUGUCUCGGUUUAGCGGACGUAACGUUAGACAGGAUUGACAAAUUGUGUGUUUCAUACCUAGCGUUUAACGUAAUAACUAACUAAUAUCAAAUAGCCACUCAUUUCAAGAAUGGCAUCGCUUGGGGAGCCUGUGCGGUUGGAAAGAGACAUUAACCGUGCUAUUGAACUGCUUGACAAGCUGCAGAGAACGGGGGAAGUGCCUCCCCAGAAACUGCAGGCGCUGCAGAGAGUCUUGCAGAGUGAAUUCUGUAAUGCCGUCAGAGAAGUUUAUGAACAUGUGUAUGAAACAGUGGACAUCAAUAGCAGUCCUGAGGUCAGGGCCAACGCCACAGCUAAGGCCACUGUGGCAGCUUUUGCAGCAAGUGAGGGACACUCACAUCCACGUGUUGUGGAACUCCCCAAGACAGAAGAGGGCCUGGGUUUCAAUAUAAUGGGUGGAAAGGAGCAAAACUCACCUAUUUACAUCUCACGGAUCAUCCCAGGAGGCAUCGCUGACCGCCAUGGAGGCCUGAAAAGAGGCGACCAACUUCUCUCUGUUAACGGGGUGAGUGUGGAAGGUGAGCACCAUGAGAAAGCUGUGGAACUCCUCAAAGCAGCUCAGGGCACAGUGAAGCUGGUAGUAAGGUACACCCCCAAAGUCCUAGAGGAGAUGGAGUCACGCUUCGAGAAAAUGAGGUCGGCGAAGCGCCGGCAACAGAACAACUAUCCCCAGUAGGAUUUUUCUGUGUUGAUGCCCAGCGCCCAUGUCUCUCCUCCUCUAGCCUUCUGGCCAUCUGUUCUGCUCUCUUUCUUCCCUCCUUGCUCAAGAAAACAUCAACACACCCAGGUUUAGUUUUGGAUCCCACUCACAUACUUCUCUGUAGCAUUUUUAAUAUUCACCAUUGUUACUGUACAGGACAAUAUUACUCUAGUACUCUAGACAAACACUAGAAUGAUCACGAUUGUCACUGUAGGCAGUCGCUCACCCGUGUGCAUUAUUUUUAAAUUGACAAUUUGAAUGCAACUUUGAGACCAACUACAGAGAUCCUUUGACUAGAAAGGUAGUGUAAUUAUUUUUUUUUAUCACAGCCACUACCAAGUGCCUCAGGGCAAACACAUUUAUCUUAUGUACUGUGUUCAUGCUUAUUUUUUUCUUUGUAAUGGUUUAAAGUCAAAUACUAGUAGUUGAAUGCCUGUGGCAGGAAUUACUACGGUUAUUCUCAAAGAUGGUUUAAUUUGAUAGCUUAAAAAUCUUUAAAAAAAAUGCAGUUUUCAUUUAAUGGCCAUUCUACAUGAAUGUCUGAAAUAGGGAAGGUUUUAGGAGUUCAUUAUAGUUAUGUUUGCUAUUAAAGGAACCCACUACCAGGA